AUGCCAGUUUCCCUCGAUGUCGAACUCUACUACAAAGGCUCUACAAACCAAGUUGAAAACAGUAUUGUUCAGCAAGCUUUUCAGGAAGCUGUCCAAUACUUCUGUACGGAGUUGACACAGGAUGAAGUCGAGCGACGAUGGAUCGCACAGCGCACCUCCAUCGCCGACGUCCUGGCAGUCGUUCAAGAGGCGCAAGCGAAAUACGUGGCAUCCAAGUCUAAACACGGAAGACUUUGCCAACUUAUGAUUCAGUUGCCUGAGCGCCUGCUUUUCUACUCACGUGUCAUCGACAUUUUCGUUCAGGCACAUGCAGAAUACUCGGCCCUUGCCUGGGGAGCCAUCAAAUUUGUUCUCUUGGGUGUCAUUGAACACGCAAAGCUGUUCUCAGAGAUAUCGGAGGUCCUCAUUCUUGUGGGUGAUGCCCUCGCGCAAGCGGACUUCACCAGCAAACUCUACCCGACUAGCUUCAUAGCAACAGCGAUAUCAAAUUUGUAUACCUACAUCAUCAUAUUCUUACAGAAAGCUGUCAAAUGGUAUACUAUGAGUCGAGCUCAUCGAUGGGUCAAUGCAAUCUUCGAACCUUAUGAUAUCGGACACAAGGGUACUGUUCAAAAGAUCCAAAAAUGCAUUGCAUCUCUCAAAGAUACAGCAAAUGAUGCCGCACAUGCAGAGCUAAGAGGAGUAAGCCAAUCUCAGAAGUACCACCAAGAGAAACUCGAAUCAAUAAACAAGGAAGUCCGAGAGUUCAGAAUUGAGCUCAGCGCCAUAGGGAUCAAAAUGGCUUCCCAGGAGAAGGCGCUCAAUAACAUGUCGCACUAUGUCUCAAGCAGCCACGCUAUCAACAACCGACUCCUCCUUUACGUUGAAGAUGGCAAAGUGGCAGCUAUCCUCGACGAAUUGGGGUCCGGCUUUGACGCCAUGGGACGAUACCACGCCUGUCUUGCGGUGAGUCGGAAGCGCAAGGCAUGGGCACAUGCGGGCAAGGAAUCAACGCUGGCCUUGAGCACAAUCAGAAGAUGGGCAUCCUCAGCUCGUUCUGCUCUUUUAGUGAUACAGAGUAGUCCAAGAGAAGAGGCAAAAACCAAAGACCUGGUUGUUGAUGUGGUGCACUGGGCACAAGAAACUGGCGCCCCAACGAUCUGGACUUUGUCGGGCAGGCAUAAGGCAGAAGAUACAUUGCUAUCGUCUCCCUGUGGAAUUUGGAGAGCGCUAACCUCUCAGAUCAUUCGGCAAAACUCGUCCGUUCUGAGCAAAGUCACUGCCGACCUCACCGUAUCAGAGCUCAAGACACAGCAUGCUCUAACUGACUGGAAGGCUCUCUUCUCCACAGCACUCUUACAAAUGCGAAAAUGCAUUGUUGUGGUGGAAGCUCGCGAUCUGUUCGAAGUGAUUGCGAAUAAUCCUUCCGAGGUGGCCGUUUUCCUCCUAGAAUUCCAAACGAUUGUGGAGGCGGCAAAUAGUCGCGGGAGUACGGUCAAGGUGUUGGUCGCAAGUUAUUGUGCAUCAAGGACAUCGGUCACCAGUCUUCCAGACAAUGCUGAUCGGUCUGCUAUUUUUGUGAAGCGGUCCGUGUUGUCUCGCCGAAAGGCAAAGCUCACGACAGCGAUGCGGAGGACAGCAUUGCGGAAUGUUCGCAUUCCGGGAGGGCGGCAACCCUGUGUUUGGAACGAGCAUCCCAAUGAGUAG